UAAAAGAGCCCAAAAAAAGAACAAAUUAUAUUGAAAGAGGGGUUUUGGGUUUUAGGUCAUUUUAAUCUCCACAAAUUAACCGUAAAAACUCUAAUUUUGAGCUGAAGAAAUUGAUCGGAAGAACAAUGGUGUUCGGUCAAGUGGUUAUUGGACCACCGGGCUCCGGCAAGACCACCUACUGCAACGGCAUGUCUCAGUUCCUCCAGCUCGUCGGCCGGAAGGUUGCGGUGAUCAACUUGGAUCCAGCUAAUGAUUCUUUGCCAUAUGACUGUGCAAUUAAUAUCGAGGAUUUGAUUAAGCUUGAAGAUGUCAUGGCGGAGCAUUCUCUUGGCCCUAAUGGAGGUGUAACUUUUGUGCUGGUUGUCGAACUUUAUAGGGUUAUUCGAGUUGCAGAUAUGCAGCUAGGUCUUGUUUACUGCAUGGAUUUUUUGGACAAGAACAUCGAUUGGUUAGAAGCCAAACUGAAACCCCUUCUCAAAGAUCACUAUCUUCUCUUUGAUUUCCCUGGCCAGGUGGAACUCUUUUUUCUUCAUGAAAAUGCCAAAAAAGUCAUCAUGAGACUUGUCAAGAAGUUAGAUCUCAGGUUGACUGCUGUUCACUUGAUUGAUGCUCACCUUUGUAGCGAUCCAGGGAAGUAUAUUAGCGCACUGCUGCUUUCACUGUCAACCAUGCUACACAUGGAGCUCCCCCAUGUUAAUGUUUUGUCAAAGAUCGAUCUUAUUGAAAGCUAUGGCAAGCUAGCUUUCAACCUUGACUUCUACACUGAUGCACAUGAUUUAUCGUAUCUACAGCAUCAUCUUGACCAAGAUCCACGAUCUGCUAAGUAUAGAAAGCUAACAAAGGAGCUCUGUGAAGUUAUAGAAAAUUUCAGCCUUGUCGACUUCACCACUCUGGACAUUCAGGAUAAGGUGAGCGUUGGGAAUCUAGUUAAACUGAUUGACAAGACCAACGGAUACAUAUUUGCUGGGAUUGAUUCAAGUGCAGUUGAAUUUAGCAAAAUCGCAGUUGGUCAAGUUGAUUGGGAUUAUUACAGAGUGGCAGCUGUGCAGGAGAAGUACAUAAAAGACGACGAAGUAUUUGAUGACGAGAUCAUCACUUCACCACAACCACCAUCGUCUAUUGCUGAACAUGAUCUUCAAAAGGAUGAACGUUGAUGAUAUUGCUCGUGCACUUUAAAACUGUAAGUUUCCUCUGCAGUUGUGCCAUAGAUUUCGACUACAGCUUGAACAUAAUGUAGUACGGAGGCAACAUUAUUGUAUAUGUGAAGAUCAUGAAUUUUGUCUUGUUACUUUAGCUUUGAUGAUCGAGUUCAAGAUCAUGUCUACUGAA